CCAGACGGUUCCGAGCGAUUCGAUCCGGCUUAGCUCGCCUUGACUGGACAUGCUGCCUUUCUCAGCGGCAUACCACAUGUACACAAAUUGAUUAUUGAAAUCUUGACCUCGAACUCCUCUUAAAGCAAGUGAUUCUCUAGUCACACCUGUGAUGCUGGUCGCUUUCUUCACUUUCUCAGUAUCCUUCAACAUCGCACUCUAGGACGUUUCGCAGGAUCCAGACUGAGCAAGUUUCGUCAACUAUGGCUGAAGCUCCUGUACCCAAUGUUACGCUAUCGUUUGGGCCGAUGCUCAUUGGAGUAUAUCUCAACAUGAUUUUGUACGGUAUCCUACUCAACCAGAUGUAUUUUUACUUCCAAACCUACAAAUCUGAUGCACUCUGGAUCCGACUCUUGGUGGCAUACCUUUUCGUAAUGGAGACUGCGAAUACGAUUCUUGAUAUGGCCAUGAUGUAUCAGCCGCUGAUAACGGAGUAUGGAACUGAGAAGGCAGUAGCAAACUUUCCUGUCCUCUUCAUGACUGAACCAAUCGUCAUUGUUCUGAUAUCAGCACCCAUUCAAUGGUUCUUCGCAUGGCGAAUCAACAAAAUCACCCAGUCAUAUUUUGUUCCAAUCAUCAUCAUAGUACUUGCACUGGCGUCUACAGCGGGGGGAUUCAUCACGGGAGUGAAAAUAGCUAUUCUCAAGCUCUUCAGCAAGAAACCAGAAUUACAUUGGUCGGCUUUACUGUGGUUUAUUCCCUCUUGUGUUGCGGAUUUGCUCAUUACGUUCACUCUGGUUCGGAGCUUGUCCAAACGCAAGACUGGUUUUGGUGCCACAGACUCAGCAAUAGAUAAGCUCAUUAGAAUGACUGUGCAAACCGGUAUGAUAACUGCGAUAUUUGCUAUUGGCGAUGUAGCGUUCUUUAUGGCUUUACCGCAUACGGCACUGAAUUUUCUUUGGGAUCUAUCAUUAUCAAAGCUUUACACCAACUGCUUAUUAUCAAACUUGAAUGCUCGUUCGCGGAUUUUGAGCUCCAGCCAGAACUCUCAGUCUGGUGCCUUCCGCAGUGCAAUGGAUCCUACGUCACCCAGGGGUGAUAUCAUAAGACAUACUGGCAUAAGAUUCGCAGACAGUUCACAUAACAUAAUGAGUACGCCCGAUGUGUACGAGCUUGAGAGUGCAAAGACUUUUGAAGCGGUUAGCGCACAGUCGCAAGGUUCUAUAUACCACGGUUCGGAAGGGUUCGAAAUCACAGUCACCAAGGUUGUGGAAAGAAUCGAGGACCCCGUCGACUCUAGUCGGCCAGCUACUGGGAUAGCUCAGUAGACUCAUCACUUUCACUUCAAGGAGUUCCUGGGUGUAAAUUAUCUUGUAAUUAACUCUUCAUUGAUGAUUUUUAUGGACAAUCUUUCGUUCUUAGCAAUUAGUUGAUAAAAAUGUUCGACUUCGCAAUCUAUUUCUGAUUAUAUGCCAGAAGGUCGAAAACAACCAUGAA